CCAUAACAUAAUCAAAACAAAUCGAACAAUCUGUGCUCUAAAUAAGGUGCCGGAAUUUCGCCGGCUUCGAAGCAAUUAGGGAGUGAGAGCUUUAGUUUCCACAUUAAUUAAAUGUUUCAUCGAUCCAACCAUUUCGAUCUUCCCAUAUAAAUACACGCUCUGAAGAAAACGAAAACUAAAUAAUGUUAUCUAGCUAAGAUAGAAAACAAGCUAAGCUAAAGCUAAUGGCUUCUCUUAAGUUGUGCAUUACUCUGUUUCUCCUCGCGACAGCAGUUUCUGCUACUUUUGCUGCUAGGAGUAUGCCGGCCGCCACCGAAAAUGAGAGUGGCUUCAACGACCAGAAGCACUUCGUCUCCUCUAGCGGAAUCGGGACCGGCGGUCUUCCCUACGGGGGCGUUGCCACAGGCGUGGGUGCCGGUGGUGAUUUUGGAGGUGGCGGCUCCGGGCUUGGUGGAGGCCUUGGUGGUGGCGGCUCCGGGCUUGGUGGAGGCCUUGGUGGUGGCGGCUCCGGGCUUGGUGGAGGCCUUAGCGGGCAUGGUGGAGGUCUUGGUGGUGGCUUUGGGCAUGACGGAGGUCAUGGGGGUGGCUUCGAGCAUGGCGGAGGCCUUGGUGGUGGCUCCGGGCAUGGCGGAGGCCUUGGUGGCGGCUUCGGGCAUGACGGAGGCCUUGGGGGUGGCUUCGGGCAUGGCGGAGGCCUUGGUGGUGGCUAUGGGCAUGACGGAGGCCUUGGUGGUGGCUUCGGUAAUGGCGGAGGCCUUGGUGGUGGCUCCGGGCUUGGUGGAGGAAUCGGUGGUGACUCUGGGCUUGGUGGAGGCCUUGGUGGUGGCUCCGGUCUUGGCGGAGGCCUUGGUGGUGGCUCCGGGCUUGGCGGAGGCCUUGGUGGUGGCUCCGGUCUUGGUGGAGGCCUUGGUGGUGGCUCCGGGCUUGGUGGAGGCCUUGGUGGUGGUUCUGGGCUUGGUGGAGAAAGUAGCUUGCCAACUCUGGGUGGAACUAGUGGCGCUCUUGGUAGCGGCGCUCUUGGUGGCGGCGUCGGCGAUGAAGCUGAUGACCUCUCACUUCCAUGAAGAACUCAUGACUUAAAUUAGUGCUCUAUUUAUUACUCUUUAUUACUAGUAUUUCACCAUGUGGUGUACGAGAUGCUCUACUUGAUUUACAAUUCAAAAAAAUGACAAUCAAAAUUACAAUUUGAUGACAUAUGUGAUCAUAAUAAAAAAUCUAUCUAUUAAAAUUACAAUUUUUUAUGAAAUGUUGUAAAUCACAUACUCCCUCCGUCCUGUUG